UAUAUUAAUCUCAUCUCUUUAUAUGUAUGAAUCAAUAUUUAACAGUUCUAUACACUUGGAUACAAAUGGUAUGGGUUUCAUUAAAAAUAUAAGCAAAAUAAUUAUUGAGAUGUCCCACCGAUAUGUGUCCGAGCCUCUCUGGGGACGUUGAAUUCAUUAUGUGAGGAAGGUUGGUGGAUCUACACAGGUGCCCGCCCGUGAUGAAAUAAUGUCCGAGGGGGCACCUGGGUUCUUUCUCCACCACAAGAACUAUGAUGUCACCGUAUAACAUAUAACUGUGUCAGUGCAACGUUAAACCCAACAUAACAAACACUUCUAUGGUGACGGGAUAGGCUAUUAUGAAUAUCAAUGAACAAAAGUCGUCCAUUAUUUGGAUUUGACAAUCAAAUGAACAGCUGAAAUCCAUUAGAAGUUCAAAUGUGUAUACUUUUUACCUCCCUUUUGCAUGUUAUCAUUUAAAUUUGAACGGCCGCAUUUAAUUGACAAUCUCUUCUUGUUCUUCACAACAACAACAACAACAACAAAAACAAACAAACAAACAAUCAAACAAACAAAGAAAUAUGAUACAAGAUGCAAGUAUGUAAUAGCGAUAUCGAUUUCAUUAAGAUAAGGACCAGUCUCAUGAAUAUUUAUAGAACACAUAAACAGCACAUGAUGCAACAACACUUAUAUAUAGAUGUUAUCUAAUAUAUAAUUCCGAUCAAUAUAUGAUUUUGUAGCUAGGCGACUCCUCUUGCGUGCUGUUUAUAUGGUAAUAUAAUUGAAUAAUAUGGAAUAAAGAUAAGUUUAUUUAAAUGCCAGUGUUUACGUGAACGAUAUUUAUGUUGGAUUAAGAGCUAUGAUUUCACAGUGACUUUAUGGAAGACCCACCAGGUGUCAGGAUAUCAUUUCUGUCAUCGGCGGGUCCGUCCUUCUAUACCCACAUCGGUCCAGACCACGUAAGUUAUGCAGAUAUAUUGUGAAGCAAGUUCUACAACUUACAUUGAUCGUCUCCGAAACCUCGUUAUCGCCACUAGGGUAUGAGAGAGGAUACCCAGUUUCCUUCUUAAUGCUGAGUGCCAGGCAAGGGAGCUACUGAAAAUCAUACUUUUGGAGGGGACAUUAACCAAGUCCAGAACCCGUGACGUCAGUUCUGUCAAUACUUCAAUGGAUUCAAUACGUGAAUAGUAUAGAAAAAAGGUUGAAGGGAUGUAAACCUGUAGUGACAGCCAGUUGAUUCUUCAAACAGUAAAUGACGAAUAAAGAGUUUCUAAAGACAAGAAAUGGUUGGACGAAUUCGUCACCAGGCCUUCAGGUUCAGAAUUGUGCUGUUAAUGCUUGCCAUUAUGUUCAUAUAUUGUACAUUAUGGAUAUUUAAAUUUCAAGUCAUAUCUUACAACAAAGUCACUAAGACUGUAGUGAAAUCUGAUGUUGUGUUGUCGAGAGCAAUAAUCAGAAAUCCAGCACAGGAACAAUACAAUAGUGAUAAGAAACAAAAGAGUAUUAACGAGAGCGAAGAAACCACAAAUCUAAGUGGUCAGCAACGAUCGAAUGAUACCGAACAUACACCUGAAAUUGUCAAAGUCAACAAAUUUUCAAACUUUAAUGAAACAGGUUUUCAAAGAUCUCAAAAAAGUGAAAAUAAAGCUGUCCAUGAAAUACAACGUUCAACUUUCAAUGGGGAAAAAUAUAAAAACUUAAUAGAUCAUAAGUAUGGUAAUAUUGGCGGACAUGAAAAAUUAUUGAAACACAAAUAUAGUGAAAACGUGAGUGAUCCGAAAUAUCUGAACAUUGUUGCAAGUUAUACCACCAAACGCAUGCUGGCAAAACAGAACGGAAGUAUCUCCAAAGAAAAUGCAAUAGGGAUGUACACAAACAAGCUGCACGAGUUGAAAAAUAUUACUUGGCGACAACAUAAAGAAAACAUGUUAACCCACCAAGACAGACCAUUGUUUUACAAGGAACAAUAUUUUAAUACGACUAAAGAAACAGUCGGUUCAAACCAUAAACAUUCUAAUUUGAUACAAAUGGCUCUUAAACAUACACCAGACGAUAAACUUAGUCAGUCUAAGCCAUUAGAUUCAACGUAUGCAAGUCAGAAUGCCAAUAAAUUGAACACGUCAGUGAUCAGCGAACCUAAAGCUAAGAUGUUUAACACGGUUCCAAAGGACCUAUCUGCAAAGCCAAGUUUAGGAAAAUCAGUUAACGAAAACAACAAAACAAGUACUGGCAUUUCAUUAACGAAAAAAUUUACUUUUGUUACAUGUAAACUUCCUCUUAAUGAUUCAAAUAAAACGAAAGUUGGAAUUCUUGUUCCUUCAUCCACCAGGAAGAUUCAAAAGCCAUUAUUUGGAAAUCUGACACUUGUAAAUACAAGUUUGCCGUCGGUUUACAAAACUCUAGAAGCGCAAUAUAUUUAUAGAAUUUAUAUUGGCAUUGACGAAGGAGACUUUUUACAAACGGUUCAAGAUAAAAUAGUCAGUAUGUUUGAUUGUGCAAUACCUGUUAUUGUUCGUGGUAAGAACUAUGUAAAGUCUGUGAAUACUAUAGCUGAUCGUGCGUAUAAAGAUGGCAUGGAAUAUUUGGUGCGUAUAAAUGAUGACACAUUGUUUAAUACUUCAAAUUGGACAACUUUAGGAAUCAGUACACUGAAGGGAUAUUAUCCAGAAAAUAUCGGCGUAGUAGGUCCAACAUGCAACGAGGGCAAUACAUUUAUUCUUACACAUGACAUGGUUCACCGUAAACAUUUAGAAAUCUUCGACUUUUAUUAUCCUCCUUACCUUGAAAACUGGUGGACGGAUGACUGGAUAACUCGAGUUUAUGAACCUUAUAAGUCGACGAAGUUAAGGUCUUGGGUAGUUAAACACGUCGUUUUCCAAACUAGAUACGUAGUAGAUAAUGAGAGAGAAAAGUGGUCGAAACAACUGAUAGAAUAUGAUAAGAAAAGAUUGCAAAAGUAUAUUGGACUUUCAUGUUCAUGUGCACUUCAUGUAUAUUUAAGUGUGUCUGUCGCCUUUACUUGGCUGAUAGGUUUAGUUAUAAAUUCUCUAUAAAUCUUCUGAUGAAUAGAAUGUGUUAGUCCCUAAGCACAUAGUAGUGCAUUGAAUUAAUAUCCACGACUUUGAUAUAACGAAAACUUCAAAUUUAUUAAUUGGGAUGACACCUCCAGCUGAAUAUCCGGACAGUAUUUCUGAUCCAGAGUAACAGUGACAUCAUGUAAGAAUCAUAGUAUAUAAAUAUUGCAUUCCCGAGAGUGUGGUAUGAAAAAUGUUCACCGCGAGAUAUAUGAAUAUCGACCGAGGCGCCAGCCGAGGUCUAUAUUCAUAUUUCGAGGGGUGAACAUUUUUCAUAUCACACUCUCAGGAAUGCAAUAUUUAUUUUAUUAUGCCGAAACGAUAUAAAGGUCAAAACAUUUACUGGAAAAUCAGCAUUAUGAUUUAUUUGAUUUAUUUAACAUUAAAAAGUAGUUAUUAACCAGAAUGAAGACAUAAUUUAGGUAGCUUUUUUCUCUCUCAGAAAUUGUGGCGACUUUGCUAUUUAUAAGACUUCUUUUGAUAGAUUUAAUCGAGACGUUUACAUGUCGCUGACCCCUAUAUUUAUGCGCAUGUUUCAACAUUGCAUCAAUUCUGAAAUCGACAGCAGUAACAUUCGAAAAAGUUAACGACGGUAACUCUCUUAUUUGUAAAGGAAACUUAUAACUGUGAGCACUCAUUUUCUUAGUUAGAUCAUUUCAAAUCUGAUGGUGGUAGUUUCGAUUCAAUAUUUGAUAAAAAGUUGUUUUCGAAAAUUUUGGCACGUAGAAUUAAUCAUUAAAAGAAGAAAAAUCGGUCGGAUUCACACAUGCAUGAACUUUCAAUGCGAAAGUAUCAAUCUCUCAACGGGAGAUAUAAAAAAUAAUAUCACAUGCGCAGAAAAACAAAACAACGCUGUUGCGCAUUUUAUAUGAAGUUAUGAUUUUGCGCAUGUGAUAUAAUAUCACUGGGAUAUAUAAUAUAUUAUUCAAGUAAAACUAAUGGGAAAUUUACAUUGGACAUUUAUAUGAGGUAUAACAAAUCAUAAUAUAGGUUGUCUAUAUGUUACACGUCCUGACAGGGAUUAGUGCCAAACUAGUUACUGCUAAAAGACAUGCUAUCUCAGUGCCCUAAAGAUCACUUUGUUUAUGGCAGGGAUGAAUGCCAAACUAGUUACUGCCAAAAGACAUGAGAAAUAUAAAACUUACCUAAAACCACUUUUAAAACUUGGACUUACACACCCGGAAUACUAUGGAGAUGUUGUUUAUAAAAUUCGGAAAAUUUAACAUAAUCCUUAUUUUAAUGACAGAUAUUUGUAAAAUUAUUUAAAAAAAAGUUUAUCAAAGAGGAUACGAUGCGAAAAUUACGAAGCACAGUGCAUGUUUAGUGAUUGACCCCUCUACAGUUAAUCGCUACGCUUUCCAAUUUGAUGGUGCGAUGACUAAUAAAGUGUAAGACUCCAUGAUGCUUUUCUCCUAAAUCCUACAUACAACGGACGGAGGGAGUGGAAUUUUGUCUUGGAGCUUUCUUAGUCGUGCCCUUAAAAGUUAAGCUCUUGGUGCUCUGAUUUCAGACAAGUUGUUGAGUACAUUGGUGUAAUUAUACCUUAGAUUAAGAUUUUUUACUUAACAUGAUCUGGUAUUUUUUCGCUUAUAUUACAGCCUUGCUCAGGGCGGAUUUUAUUUACUCUGUGUUGUCUAACUUGUUGAAAAUAGGGUAAGUGGGAAGUUGGCAUGCUCUAAACGCGUGUCAACCCCCAGUUUCCAUUAUACAGGUUACUGCCCGUUCCAAGGCGGUGUCCCUAUUUUCAACUGGUUUUCUGACAGUCUUGUAUUUUGUAUUGCGUAUGUUGUUUGUUGUUAGCGUUUUUUCCUCUUUCUUCUCACUGACCCUAUUGUCCCCAUCCUUUCCCUUUGCAAUUGCGCUCCCUUGUUUUGGCAUCCCCUCCCCCUUUACCAUGAGUAAAUUUUCGUGCCCACCUUUAUUUUGGCUGCAGUAAUCCUAAGGCGGUACCCGAUUGUUUUUUUUCCUGCUUAUAUGUGUGCGUUUGUCUGCUUGUGCGUCUUGGGCGGUGCCCUACAGUGUUGUUGUAUCUCACUUGUCUGUUUAUCUAUGUCAGUUAGUUGGGCGUGGUUGUGUGUGUUUGUCUGUGGUACAGGAAUGUCUGCGCUAUUGUGGUUUACGUUACAGUGUAACUGUGAUUAAGGAACGUAGCAUUCCAGUUGUAUUUUCAUCCUUAUUCUAUUUUCCCCUUCAACCGCCUCCCCCAACCCCUUCUUACCCCUUACCCAUUCAUCCCCUCUUCUAUAUUUUGCAUAAAUUUUAAAUGUAAUUGUUGAAUUUUUGAAGCAACCCGUCUGUAAAAUAUUUCCGUUACAGCUUCUUCUAGUUGUGGGCCUACUUUGCAAAUGCGUGGCUCGGAGGCUGCGUUUGUAGUGCUCUCUGCUUCCGAGAAAUCUACCCUUACCUAUUAUCUUAUGCUAUCUCAGUGCCCUAAAGAUCACAUUGUUUAUCUGUAAGUUACGCGUCAUGACAGGAAUGAGUGCCACACUAGUUACUGCCAACAGAGAUGCUCUCUCAGUGCCCUAAAGAUCACAUUGUUUAUCUGUAAGUUACGCGUCAUGACAGGAAUGAGUGGCACACCAGUUACUGCCAAUAGAGAUGCUAUCUCAGUG